UUUUCGCCAGCUCUUAUGACGUAGUAAAAGUUGUGCAAGGACCCCAACAAACGGCGGUACGUCGUCGGCUUCCCGGAGCUGUAAGGAUCCAUUGAAUCUUACAGCGAUUCUAUCAGCCUAAAAUCACCAUCAUCCUAAUUCGCACAGCGAUUGAGCUGGUGAGCCAAGUGUGCGUUUGAGCCCCCACCAACCCCCCCGGAGAGGCUUGUGGGGAAGCCACGGCGAAUAUUCAGCCAUGUUUCUGUACAACAUCACUUUGCAGCGUGCCACUGGCAUCACGCACGCCAUCCAUGGAAACUUCUCAGGAACAAAAAUGCAGGAGAUCGUCGUUUCCAGGGGAAAGAUCCUGGAGUUGCUGAGGCCCGAUGCCAACACGGGAAAGGUGCACACGCUGCUCACGGUGGAAGUGUUUGGCAUCGUGCGUUCGUUAAUGGCCUUCCGCUUGACCGGAGGAACCAAAGAUUACAUCGUCGUCGGGAGUGACAGCGGCCGCAUCGUUAUAUUGGAAUACCACCCGUCCAAAAACAUGUUUGAGAAGAUCCACCAGGAAACGUUCGGGAAGAGUGGCUGUCGCCGCAUUGUCCCGGGACAGUUUCUGGCCGUUGACCCCAAAGGCAGAGCCGUCAUGAUUGGAGCAAUCGAGAAGCAGAAGUUGGUGUACAUUCUGAACAGAGACGCAGCCGCACGACUGACCAUCUCGUCCCCGCUGGAGGCCCACAAAGCCAACACGCUGGUCUACCAUGUAGUGGGAGUGGAUGUCGGCUUUGAGAACCCCAUGUUCGCUUGCCUUGAAAUGGACUACGAGGAAGCUGACAACGACCCGACGGGAGAAGCCGCGGCAAACACGCAACAGACGCUCACCUUCUACGAGCUGGACCUCGGCUUGAAUCACGUUGUCCGCAAGUACAGCGAAGCUUUGGAAGAACACGGGAACUUCCUUAUCACCGUUCCUGGCGGUUCCGACGGUCCCAGCGGAGUCCUCAUCUGCUCCGAAAACUACAUCACGUAUAAGAAUUUUGGAGACCAGCCCGACAUCCGCUGUCCAAUCCCCCGUCGCAGGAACGACCUGGACGACCCGGAGCGCGGCAUGAUAUUCGUGUGCUCGGCGACUCACAAGACCAAGUCCAUGUUCUUCUUCCUGGCCCAGACGGAGCAAGGAGACAUCUUCAAGGUCACCUUGGAAACCGAUGAAGAAAUGGUGACUGAAAUCAGGCUGAAGUAUUUUGACACCAUCCCCGUGGCGACAGCCAUGUGUGUCCUGAAGACCGGCUUCCUGUUUGUGGCUUCGGAAUUUGGAAACCAUUACCUUUACCAGAUUGCCCACCUGGGCGACGACGACGACGAGCCCGAGUUUUCCUCCGCGAUGCCGCUGGAAGAAGGGGACACGUUCUUCUUCCAGCCCCGCCCCUUGAAGAACCUGGUACUGGUAGAUGAACAGGAGAACUUGUCUCCCAUCAUGUCCUGUCAGAUCGCCGAUUUGGCAAAUGAAGAUACGCCGCAGCUUUACGUGGCCUGUGGACGAGGUCCAAAGUCGACGUUAAGGGUCCUCAGACACGGACUUGAGGUUUCCGAGAUGGCCGUGUCUGAGCUGCCCGGUAACCCCAAUGCUGUGUGGACCGUACGCAGACACAUCGAAGAUGAAUUUGACGCCUACAUCAUCGUGUCUUUCGUCAACGCCACACUGGUGCUCUCCAUCGGGGAGACGGUCGAGGAGGUGACGGAUUCUGGUUUCUUGGGAACGACGCCCACUCUCUCCUGCUCACUGCUCGGCGACGAUGCCCUCGUUCAGGUGUACCCGGACGGCAUCCGCCAUAUCAGAGCAGACAAGCGUGUGAACGAGUGGAAGACUCCUGGCAAAAAGACCAUUGUCCGCUGCGCCGUGAACCAGCGGCAAGUGGUUAUCGCACUCACGGGCGGCGAGCUGGUCUACUUCGAGAUGGACCCGUCAGGCCAGCUGAAUGAGUAUACAGAGCGGAAGGAAAUGUCCGCCGAUGUGGUCUGCAUGAGUUUGGCCAACGUCCCCCCAGGCGAACAGCGCUCUCGAUUCCUGGCCGUCGGACUGGUUGACAACACCGUUCGAAUCAUUUCCCUGGAUCCUUCGGAUUGCUUGCAGCCAUUGAGUAUGCAGGCGUUGCCGGCCCAGCCAGAGAGUCUCUGUAUUGUUGAAAUGGGAGGGGUGGAGAAACAGGAUGAACUUGGAGAGAAAGGAACCAUGGGCUUCCUCUACCUCAACAUCGGACUUCAGAAUGGUGUUCUGCUGAGGACUGUGCUGGACCCAGUAACCGGUGACCUGUCGGACACCAGAACCCGCUACUUGGGGUCACGACCUGUUAAGCUGUUCAGAGUCAAGAUGCAGGGCCAAGAUGCUGUUCUGGCUAUGUCCAGCCGCUCAUGGCUUAGCUACUCGUACCAGUCUCGUUUCCAUCUGACGCCGCUGUCCUACGAGACGCUCGAGUACGCCUCCGGCUUUGCCUCUGAGCAAUGCCCGGAAGGUAUCGUGGCCAUCUCCACCAACACACUAAGAAUCUUGGCUUUGGAGAAACUCGGCGCCGUGUUCAACCAGGUGGCGUUUCCCUUGCAGUACACACCCAGGAAGUUUGUCAUCCACCCAGAGACAAACAACCUCAUUAUGAUCGAAACCGACCACAACGCCUACACCGAAGCCACCAAAGCGCAAAGGAAACAGCAGAUGGCCGAGGAAAUGGUGGAGGCUGCAGGCGAGGACGAGCGAGAGCUCGCCGCCGAGAUGGCGGCCGCGUUCCUCAACGAGAACCUCCCGGAAGCGAUCUUCGGUUCGCCGAAAGCCGGCGCCGGGCAGUGGGCAUCGCUUGUGCGGCUGGUCAACCCCAUUCAGGGUCUGACGCUGGACCAAGUGCAGCUGGAGCAGAAUGAGGCCGCGUUCAGUGUGGCGGUGUGUCGCUUCCACAACGCCGGGGACGACUGGUACGUCUUGGUGGGAGUGGCCCGAGACAUGAUCCUCAACCCGAGGUCAGUCGGCGGCGGCUUCAUCUACACCUACCGUCUCACCGGCGGGGGCGAAAAGCUGGAGUUUGUGCACAAGACGCCAGUGGAGGACGUGCCUUUGGCUAUUGCGCCGUUCCAAGGGCGCGCCCUGGUGGGGGUUGGAAAACUACUUCGAAUCUACGACAUGGGCAAGAAGAAACUGCUCCGCAAGUGUGAGAACAAGCAUGUUCCCAACCUGGUAACUGGCAUCCACACCAUCGGCCAGCGUGUCAUCGUCUCGGACGUCCAGGAGAGCUUAUUCUGGGUCCGCUACCGCCGCAACGAGAACCAGCUCAUCAUCUUCGCCGACGACACGUGCCCCCGCUGGGUGACCACCGCGUGUCUGUUGGACUACGACACCAUGGCCUCCGCCGACAAGUUCGGGAACAUUAGCAUUGUGCGUCUUCCUCCCAACACAAGCGAUGACGUGGAUGAAGAUCCAACUGGGAAUAAAGCCUUAUGGGACAGAGGGCUCCUGAAUGGAGCCUCACAGAAGGCUGAUGUGAUCGUCAACUACCACGUCGGGGAGACCAUCCUGUCUCUCCAGAAAACCACGCUCAUCCCCGGAGGCUCCGAGUCCCUGGUCUACACCACCUUGUCUGGAGGGAUCGGCAUCCUGGUCCCGUUUACUUCGCAUGAGGACCACGACUUCUUCCAACAUUUAGAGAUGCACAUGCGCUCCGAGUUCCCUCCAAUGGGCGGCAGAGACCAUCUCAGUUUCAGGUCCUACUACUUCCCAGUCAAGAACGUCAUCGACGGCGACCUGUGUGAGCAGUUCAACAGCAUGGAGCCUCACAAGCAGAAGAGCGUGGCAGAGGAGCUGGACAGGACGCCGCCCGAGGUCUCGAAGAAGCUGGAGGACAUUCGUACUCGCUACGCGUUCUAACCGCAAGCUAUGAACCAUGUUGACCCCCCCCCCCCCCCAAGGACCAAGCGUCAUAUAAUUUAACAGUCAGUAAAACACCCCGGCUGCUGGAGUCGCCAUGGAGACGUGCCGCUAGGGCCACAAACGUUUGUGUGAGGACUGCCCCCCCCCCCCCCCCCCCCCCCCACACACACACACAUGUGCAAGCUAGCUUCCCCCUCCCGCUAGCCUGAUGUACAUAGACCAUGACCCUCAAGAGGCUCAAUGGCAUUUGGUUUCAAUCUUUUAACCUAUUUACUUGAUACUCAGCUGAGGGUUUUUUUUUUUAAUCAUGAUAUACAGCAAGCGGAAAAUGGCCGCCCCCCGUCCCCGUCACCUUUUUCCGCCGCCGUAUAAUGUGACGCCAAACAGCGGUUAAAGUCUAAAUAACAUGGGCGGCUCGACACCCGGAGUUUGAAAGCGAGGCUUGUUUUUGUCGGCCCCUGUGAAUUCCCCACCUCGGCCACAAGCGGUUUCUUGUAGAAACAGACCAUUUUGUGCGCGAUAGAAGGUCUGUGUUGUAAAUAAAGUUUUCUACAUGACAUAAUCCUG